GCCGCGCAUGCGCUGCGCGUGUGUCUUUUCCUGAGUAAUCCAACAUGGCCGCGCUCGUGGGUGUCCGUGCGUGUCUCUCCGCGCUCCAGCUGUCCUCCCCGAGUCUGCUGCACAGCUCCUACAAACUGUGUGCAGUUCCUCUCGGCCGGAGGAAUUUCGCCGCAGACGCGAAGAAGGUGUUUUCCCGCGACAAACCUCACGUGAACAUCGGAACCAUCGGACACGUGGACCACGGGAAGACCACGCUCACUGCUGCCAUCACCAAAGUGCUGGCCGAGGCUGGUGGAGCACGCUACAAGAAAUAUGAGGACAUCGAUAAUGCUCCUGAGGAAAAAGCCAGAGGAAUCACCAUCAACGCUUCACAUGUGGAGUACACAACUGCAAACAGGCAUUACGCUCACACUGACUGUCCCGGUCACGCUGACUACGUCAAGAACAUGAUCACAGGCACGGCUCAGCUGGACGGCUGUAUCCUGGUGGUGGCGGCGACGGAUGGUCAGAUGCCUCAGACCCGUGAGCACCUGCUGCUGGCUCGUCAGAUCGGCGUGCAGCACGUGGUGGUGUACGUGAACAAAGCGGACGCCGUGGACGACCCCGAACUCCUGCAGCUCGUCGAGCUUGAGAUUCGAGAGCUGCUCAGCGAAUUCGGCUACGAUGGAGACAACACGCCCGUCAUCUGUGGCUCCGCCCUCUGUGCCCUGGAGAACCGGCAGCCUGAGCUGGGAAUGAACUCCAUCAUGAAGCUGUUGGAGGUGGUGGAUGAGUACAUUCCUUUACCCAAGAGAGAUCUGGAUAGACCCUUCCUGCUGCCCAUUGAGGGAGUCUACUCCAUACCAGGUCGUGGUACGGUGGUGACAGGCACUCUGGAGAGAGGACUGAUCAAAAAAGGAGAUGAAUGUGAAUUUGUAGGACACAACCGCUCGGCCAAGUCAGUAGUCACAGGUAUCGAGAUGUUCCACCAGUCCCUGGACCGUGCUGAAGCGGGGGAUAACCUGGGUGCACUGGUGCGUGGUGUGAAGAGAGAGGACAUGAGACGAGGCAUGGUGAUGUGUAAACCAGGCUCUAUCCAGCCUCAUCAGAAAGUCAAAUCUCAGGUGUACAUACUGAGUAAAGAGGAAGGAGGCAGACACAAGCCCUUCGUCACCAACUUCAUGCCUGUCAUGUUCUCCCUCACCUGGGACAUGGCCUGCAGGAUCCAACUCCCUGAUGGCAAGGAGAUGGUGAUGCCAGGUGAGGACACGUCCCUCACACUGACCCUCAGGCAGCCCAUGGUGCUAGAGAAAGGUCAGAGGUUCACGCUGAGAGACGGGAACAGGACCAUUGGCACGGGGCUCGUCACUGACAUCCUGCCCACUACACCCGAGGACCAGCACAACUGGGGCUGAGACCGAGCGAGGAGGGGGAGGGUUGGGCAAGAGGGGGUGGGGUCACUGCGGGCGGGGCCGGGGCAGGAAGUCAUCCACAAUGAUGUACUGGCUCAACCAUCCAGAGUUUAAUGUUUCCUGCUCUUACACACACACACACACACACACAGAGUUCCAAUUCCACACCCUCAUCCACUCUGAGUUGUGUUUUGGUGAAGGUGAGUCCAUUCAAAACAAUUAGCUUUAAACUGUACCGCUAGUGCUAGCCGAGUCCUUAAUGCCCCUGGAACGUGCUCACUUACUACCUGAGCACUGCUAGCAUGCACAUUCUUCUGCUAAUUAGCUUGCUGUCACUGUUUUUUUUGCCCGUUAUGUUUGUUAGAUAUUUUUAUGCUAACACUCUAGCAGUUUUUUUAAGCUACCUACAGCACUUACCUAACUUGUAAGGUUUUUUGUUUUUUUUUGGCUAAUUAGCUAGUUUGUUGACAUGCUAGCAGAGUGUAAGGCAUCCUGGAGAAACAAGUGUGAUAAUUGAAUGUUGGGCAGCUGAUUAUAUAUAAAUCAGCUUCUCUAAUGCUAGCUUAGCACGGUACAUACAUGCUAAUACGGUUAUGGAAGGGUGUGUCGAGUGAGUGAGAGCAGGAAACGUAGUAAACCCAUCUGGACACUUCAGAUUCUUCUGAUUUCAUCAACCUGGUCUGAAUUAAAACAAGAAGGCUUCUUAAUUUCAGGGUGAGAGGAUGGAGAUGCUGCAUCAUGUACACACACACACACAGUUCCAGGGUUCCCUACUGUCUACUUUUUUGGUUAUGAAAUGUCUAAGUGAUAAUGAAUGUGUCUGAUGUAAUAAAUGUAUUUAAUACA